CGUAAAACGCGGCCGUGUGUCCGGCCAGAAACGGAAAGCGAGUAUCUAAAAAAAUUCGUAACCGAAAAAUCCGACCGAAACUCGCCGUUUUGCUUGGCCGAUAUAUAAAAGCAACACGUUGUCGCGUUGGUGGUCGUUUACGGGUGUCUUGCAGGUGCCGCCCCUAAUUAUACGUCCAGACGGAAUCGUCGAACAACCCUGAAGACGUCCUGCUCCGUGGAUCCUACGCUUUCCAGACGAUUGACGAGUCACGAUGAGGACGUCACUGGUAUUGCUGGUAUCCGUCGUAGCUUCCGCGACGGCAAUGCCCCUUCGGGACACCCUGAACGCUGGAUUGUUUCCGCGGAACAAGGACGUGCUUCCAGCUUCCACGAAAACAGAGCCUGUCACCGCCAAGGACGCGACGAAUCAACCGACAAAAAAGCAAUCAGAGAAGACCGACGGUGGAACGAAAGAUUGGCGAACCACGCCGCUGACUUCGAUCCCGAGCCAAGAUGAUCGAGCGGAUACCGAGCAGGACGCUGCCCAGAAGCAGCCUAACGAGGGCAAGGAGAAAACCGCCAAGAAGAAUCGGAAGCACAAAGCCAUCUUCGUUAACUAUCCCAUCGUCUCGGAGCUACAAUACUCCGACGUACCGUACGACAUCGAUUACAGCGACAACAGCUUCGAUACCGACGAGAGGUCAGCAGCGGACGCUAACAGGUACCAAGAAAGCAACAUCUUCUACAUUCGGCUGCCACCUACGCCCUACAUGUUCGUCCCGGGUCUGGGCUACAUUUCGAAUCCUCCCACUUACUCGACCUCGAAUCUUCAUCCGCAAAUACCGUUCACGAGGCCCGCGAGACCCAAGCCUGUCUAUCGACAACCCGUUAACCCUUUCAUCAAGCUGCCAAUAGAUUUCGUGAGCAACGGGAAGCCAACGUCGGUCUAUCAAUGGCAGAAGAAGCCUGCCAAAAAACCGAGCGACACUCCGAUCACGAAUCUGGACAGCCUAUCGGCGGAGUUCGUAAGCAACGGGAAACCGACGUCGAUCUAUCAGUGGCAAAGCAACGCGAAGCCGAUCAAUAGACCCGACGAUUUCGUCCACAACAUGGACAAGGGACCGUACAGUUUCAACGGGAAACCGACCAGCUUCUUCCUGCUGAAAUCCGAUGGAACGUCGUCGGCCCAACAAUCCCUUCGCUACUCGGACUACCAACAAGAUAAUUCUUAUUAUUGAAGACCGCGAGCCGCGGAGCUCGUUGCCAUCGACACGUGAAACGAUUACCGGGGAUUGUAGAAAUUGGUAGCCUCGUUCGCAUUUCGAACGACGAUCCGGAGUAUCGAGAAUUUGAGGAGUAUGCGUACGAGGAAUGCUGGCUCGCGAGUCUCGUCGAAUCGUUGCUUCGCGAUGAAUGGGUGAGUGCGGGCUAAGGAUGCGAACUCGAGACGUCGAGUUAGGAGGUUUACAUGCUGACAAUUUUCCGGCAUGACAACUAUUUCACCCAUUCACUGUCUAGGAAAAGCGUUUCGCCUUGGCCGCCAAGAUUUAACCAUUUGCACUCGAGAGGUUUCCUUUAGGUUUCAUUUCUUUGGAACUCGAAGUGCCAAUGAAAUGAUUGUUGUUGAAGCAAAGGUGACCUGAUUCUCAAAUCUAUACAAGUCUAUAAAUUUAUAAGUCUCAAGUCUAUACAUUUAUAACGAAUGGAAAUAAACAGAUUAUUAGCGCCAUGAGUAUCUUCCUUUCACGAUACCAAUAUUAGUGGCGUCAGUUUAGAUUUUCAAUUGUCUAACCCUUUGGACUCGAGAUGUGACUCUCAGACACUGCUAGGUUUUCUUUAGGUUUCAUUUCUUUGGAACUCGAAGUGCCAAUAAAAUAAUUGGCGUUUCGGCAAAGGUGACUUGAUUCUCGAAUCUCAAAUUAGAGAUCUGAUUCGAAGUCAAUAUAAUCUUAGCAUUCGUGGCAAUAGAAUGCUAUUUAAUUUCCACUUAACUUAUUUACAAUUUAUUUAUAUAUUUAUAUAGAUGAGAAUAUAAUUUAAAUUUUCAAUUUUAACACUUUAUCUACCGGGCUAUUUAGAAACAGUGUUUAAUUCAAAAAAGAAUUUUCUACGGUAGCAUAUGCCAACCUAGGCAACAUACAAAAAUUUUGCAGAAUUUUUUUAGCAGUUUUUCAAUAAUAAUGGCGGCGCUCCUGUCUACGCACAUUUCUGUUCGUUCAGGUAGUUGUUCCCCGUUGAAAUUUUCAGUUAAUUGACCAUCUACUUUACGCUUUUGAUUAAUUUUGAUUAAUCGUACCUCGUAACGACAAAAUUCUAGGCUAUUGCGCGGAUGACCAGGGUUCGAAUCCCCAAGUUGCAUAUCUUUUUUUUAAGUCAUUGAUCUUUUUUUAUUUAUUCCAUUUUUUCACAUAACGCCACUUAUUUAUUUUCUACUAAUUUUUAAAUAAAAUAUCUUUAUUUGGGAGAAAUUGUAAUAAAUAAAUAAAUAACAUAUUUCAGGAAGUUUUAAAGAAAAUUUAGUGGUCUUUUAACUUGCGUCACAGCUCUGCAGUGCGAUCAGCUGACUGGAAUAAAAAUGUGCGCGCACUAGAAAUCACGUAUCUGGGUACCAAACCUUAGGUUGCGAAAUGACGAGAGACUAUUUGAUUUGAUGUGCGGAAUUCAUCCUGAAAAAGAUUCUACAUUCUCAUUAGCAUCAUGUAUGUACAGUUUUUCGAGACAUUGGCGCGGAGUAUAGACAUUAAAUUUAUUAAAAUCGAUUUCGACUUAUUAAACUCGAUUUUUAAAUUUUGUACAAGAAACAGAAAAGAUGUACAGUGCUUCUAUUUAUGUUAAAUGAAACUUAAUAUUUGUUCAUGAAUAAUGUAUUUAUUUAUAAAAGGUUUGUUUCUUUGUAGCAGUUGUACGAAAAAAGGUUGCAAAAAGGUUGCAAAAAUGUUUAAAUACAUACAUUUUUGUGUCCAUAACGAUCGACAAUUGCAAGAACAUUUUAAUAUAUAAGUUUUAAGAGUUUAUACUAAGGAAUCGAAGAAAGUUGUAAAAAUGUAUAAAUUCGUAACUUCCGUAGGUUUGUAACAAAUGUACAAGGAAGUUGUAAUGAACUGUUGAAUCAAAGUUUUCGCGUGUUUAUAAGUUAUAUAAAUAUACAAAUUUGUAAAUACAAAUUUACGAAAAGAUUAUUGAUCUAAAUUUUAUAAAAACAACAAUUCACAAUUACAAUUUCAAAUAUAAUCAUUUGAUGAGUGAAAAUUAAUGUAAUUAACCAAAAGACAGAUAAAUCUGAUGGCUAGUUAUUGAAUACGAAUAACGCACCAUCAGAGAAAGUUAUGAUCAAUUUAGUUAACAGUUGUCAUUACGGAUUACCUAUUUCAAUCGUAAAUUUUAAUGGUUUCUUUGAUUAAAUUUUGUUCAAUGCCGUACCUAGAUGAAAAGAAGUACUUAACUGUUAUGUUUAUUAUACAAUUGUAUAUAAGUAACUUACUUCUUAAUAAGCAUUUAUUGUUAGACUGUAAAUAGGUCAUGAUUAGACUGCGGAUAUUUAUGUAUUCAUGGCAAGUGGAAAUAUGUACAAGUAUAUCCAUGAAUGCAAAAAUAUGUAAACUAUCAAAAAUAAAAUACAUGUUACACUGUUCAAAUGAUAAGGCAUACUCUCUAUUCUUUACCUAAAUCUGUAAAAAUACGAAUUUGUAUAAACAUUCGCAGUCUAGUCAUGACAAUAGUAUUUAAUCAUAGUUUUCAAAGAAUUGUAUUUCAAUAGAAUGCACAGACCGAUAAGGAGGAAUAUGUUCUAUUCUUCCUCAUUGACUCUCGUGAGAAAUCACGGGUGGUGUCAAACUCAACUCAACAAUUGAGUUGCUGGAAAAUUAAAGGUAUCAAUUAUAAAUUACAUUUUACAAUCCACGACAAUUAAUUUUCCAGCACCGAUUAAAAAUAUCGUUAGCAUGCGAAAAGGACGAACCGUAUUUAAUAAAUCACUAUCGUCGCCUAUUAGUAACCGUACACAUAUUUUGUCUAACAAACACAUGCGUAACUAAAUAAUAGAGAACCGCUAAGUUUAAAGAAAUGUUGAAGUUACAGCACUUACGUGUUCAGUUGUUUUUAACGUGGUCAUUGUGACACGAUUCUUCGACGCUGCUGAGUUCACUGUUCUCGUGUUACAAUGGUAUUAAGUGCUUUUAACCAAAUAUGAACGUCGAUAUUUAGAGAUUGUAAUUCGUACAUUCGAAUACGCUGUUUAUGAUUCUGAUAGAAAAAUUAACGUGGACGUGACUACUAUCGUGUAAGGAUUGCACCUUGAAAGCCAGGCUAUUGAGUAUUUCGAGUGAACCAGCGCAAAUUAUCGCUAGUAUAAUGUACCCGAUCAUUUCGAUGGGUGUAACUGCUUUUUAUACGCUACAUUUGAAACGGUGGCUCUACCUUGGCCCAACUCAACAGGUUUUGCCAUUUAAUAGCUCUGUUUCAUUGCAAAAAUAUUUAUUACCACGCCCAACAAGGGAUUCGUUAAAACGGUUGAAUUUAUGUUUGGAAGGCAGAGUGGAAACCAAAGCAACGACCAUCAAAUUUAUCGUCCUCCAAGUCUGAAAUUUUCCCUCGGCUCCUGUGUCGCUCGAUAAUUCACCCCGUUACCAUGAAUUUAUUGCGCCCAUUUAAAUGGUAUUAUUAUACUUCCUUUCCAAUUGAGUACUCCACAUCGAGCAGACGUGUAAUUAUUCUUGAAUGUAUAGCUAUUAUUUAUGAAAUAUCCAUAUUUAUAUGCCUGUUUAUGCGUCCAUUAAUUAAGGAUCACGUAACCGUAUAUUUGCAUAGCUAACGAAUUGCAUCGAGUAUUAGGAUGCCUGUUUGCUCAAUAGUUAGCGUAACGUAUAUACAACUAUAUACAUAUAUAUUAACUGUCAAUCGUUUUGUGCAACGGCAGAGAUCGUGAUUGCGAAGCGUGUAAUGUUAUCGUAGCGUUUCGUAUCGUAAUCUUAUAUUCAUUUGCAAGUCGAAGUCAUACAGUGGGUGUAGAAUGUAAUUCGUACACCGAUCAAUUUCCCAAAAAAACUUUGUGAAAUUGUAGUUACUUAACUUCUUAUUUUUAUAAUCAAUGAUAUCUCAAAUAUUCUCGGAAGUCUUUUUUUUUUAUAUAGUCCAAACAACAUUUACUAGUUAAUAUA